CGCGAGGCAUCCUACGCGCUGCACGAUCCCCAUAGCUUUUGCCUUAAAACCCUCCAAGUCUUCCGUCAAACCUUUUGGUAUGCUCCAAUCAACUCCUUUUCCCACCGACGUCGCAGGAACUGUGAACUCUGACUCGACUGAACGACGUGUCGCCCUUAUUACUGGUAUCACUGGCCAAGAUGGCAGUUACCUGACCGAGUUCUUGCUCGAAAAAGGCUACACUGUCCACGGCCUCAUUCGUCGCUCAUCUUCGUUCAAUACUGGACGUCUCAGCCACUUGUACGCUGAUCCGCAUCAGGAACCGCGUAUGAUCCUUCAUUAUGGAGAUCUCACAGACUCAACCAACUUGGUGCAUCUCGUGGUUAAAGUGCAGCCCACAGAGGUGUACAAUCUUGGGGCGCAAUCUCAUGUUAAGGUGUCAUUUGACAUGGCCGAGUACACAGCCGACGUGGAUGGUCUCGGAACCCUGCGUCUUCUCGAUGCUAUCCGCACUGCGGGCUUGGCGCACAAGGUUAAAUUCUACCAAGCAAGUACAAGUGAACUCUACGGCAAGGUUGUGGAAACUCCCCAAUCUGAGACUACACCAUUUUACCCACGUAGUCCAUAUGGCGUCGCAAAGCAGUACGCGUACUGGAUUGUUGUAAAUUACCGGGAGUCGUAUGGUAUGAAGGCAUGCAAUGGUAUCCUCUUCAACCACGAGAGCCCAAGACGAGGGGCGACGUUCGUGACUCGCAAAAUCACUCAAGCAGUCGCCAACAUUUAUCUCGGAAAGCAAGCUUGCUUGUAUCUUGGAAACAUCAACGCAAAACGUGACUGGGGCCACGCUCGGGAUUAUGUUGAGGGAAUGUGGCGUAUGCUGCAACAGGAUGAACCCGAGGAUUAUGUCCUCGCCACAGGGGAAACUCACACCGUGCGAUCAUUUGUUGAAAAGGCGUUCAAAGUCGUCGGGGUCGACAUAGUAUGGGAAGGAGAGCAUGAAGACGAAGUCGGACGCGAUGCUGCCACGGGUGCCAUUCGUGUUCGGAUUGAUCCCCGAUAUUACCGACCAGCUGAAGUCGAGCUACUUCUAGGAGAUCCUUCCAAAGCAGAGAGAAAGCUCGGAUGGAAGAGAACCGUUGACUUUGACGGUCUUGUAAAGGAAAUGGUGGAAUCUGAUCUGGAAAGCUUGGGAGGCGACCUUAAAGCUUUGGAGCAAUCUCUGAAGAAGGUCGAGAAAGUGAUAAAAACCCGCAAAGAUGUCGCAGGAGGUUUACCUGUGGCGCGCGCUGCUGGCAGGGAUAUGUGAUUGAUGUCCUAGGCGGAGUUUGUGUAAAUUAUGAUGAGGGGCCUCUGUACAUUGUUCUACGCCUUGUGUAUAUUGGGUUCAUAGAUACUGUCGUUGGUGAAAAGUGGGUUUCGCGUUGUCUUAUAGCUCUACUACCAGAGACAUGUCCCCUCGUUUACAAUGGUGCAAUGAUCCGCUUGGUAGCUAUUUUCGUUCAUAGAAUAAGGCCCAACACUCUUGUAGCUGGAAGAGAC